UACGUAUAUUAAAAGAUAGCAUUUUCAAACUAAGUAAACAAUGAAAAUUAUUAGUAUUUUAUUAAUUUUAAUACACUGUAUUAAUAAUAUAAGAACUGAAGAUUGCAAUGAAUUAGUUUGUGGUUCAGUUGUAUCAAAAUGUUUAUUAACGCAAAGUUGUCAGUGUACAUUAGAAAACUGCUCUUGUUGUAAAGAUUGCCUUUACUGUUUGGGUAAUUUAUUUUUGGAAUGUUGUAAUUGUUUAAAUUUGUGCCCUCAGCAUAAUGAUACUUUUGAUGUUUUAUCACUAAAAUCAGAAAUUUCGGAUUUUCCCGACUUUAUACCAGAGUUGUACAAUACACUCACAUCUGAAGAUGAAGAUGAUAAAUGGACUACAAUAAGAUUAAAAAUUAAUUUUGAAGUUUCUAAAAGUAAAGAUUUGAAAAAUGAUUUGGAUGCCGAGAAUUUUGAAUUUUAUGAUAAUAUGGAUGAUAUCGAUUUAUAUAGUAAAACAAUGAAAAAGCAAAAUUUAAAAAAUAAUUUUGCUGAAAUGCUUCCUAAUUGUACAGUGAUAUUUUUAAACAAUUGUUUAUCAAACAAUAAAUGUAUGGAGUUCUGUAGUUCAAUGGGAGCAGCAAAAAGUAGAUGGUUCUAUGAUGGAUGCUGUGAGUGCAUUGGUUCAGUUUGUGUUAAUUAUGGUUUAAACGCAAAUCGAUGUUCAGAAUGUCCUGAAACAAAAAGAGGGGAUAAUUAUGAUGAAGAUGAUGAUGAUUACUAUUACAGUGAUGAGCAAUGGAGUUACGAUUAAGAUAAAUUUUUAAAUAAAGGAAAUUGGAAUUAAAAAUAUUUUUGUAAUUAAUAAGAUAAUUUGAUUGCUAUUUACUGAUUGCUAUUCAUUAUAAUACAAAAUAUCAGUAAGCCUAUAUUAUUUUUUUAAACUGUUAUACACCAAAUUUAUUUAAUAUAAUUGCGCAUAUUAUUUUAAAAUUCAAAAAUUAGUCGCUUUUCUUUUAAUUUCAAAACUUACGUAUUUUUUGUUUAAAGAAAACAUACAUAAUAUUUUAAUUGGAAAACGUAUUAUUAUAAUUGUGGUAAUU